CCUCAUACUCGUCUAGGGCGAAGCGGUCAUCUCGGAUUUCCACAUGUGCAAGAUCGUAGAAGAGUUCUCCAAGGACCGAUCCGCCGCGACAACAGUAACUCGAGACACUUCACCUCGCUGGACAGCACCUGAACUCAUGGAAGCUGGUGCAGUGCCGAACUCCAAGAGUGAUGUAUGGUCCUUCGGGAUGGCCAUCCUCGAGGUUGUGACCGGCGAGCAUCCUUUCCAUGAGUGCCGAAAUCAAAACCAGAUCUACAUUGAGCUCGGGCGCGGCAAGACGCCUGCCCGUCCACUGCAGAAGAACAUAUGGAUCGAUCCCGUUUGGAGCCUCUUGGAGCAAUGCUGGCAGAUCCAACGUCCAGAACUUCGUCCGGACAUGUCCAAAGUAUGCAGGCGUUUGCUCGAGGCUGGUACCGUGCACGAAACUCAGUAUCCUGCUACCGUGACCGAGAUAUAACAUGUACAUUUCUGCAUAAGCUGCUUUGGCUGAAACUCUCAUACCCCCAAGAAUGUACGCGACUGAAGUAUGGACUACUGUGGAGAUCCCUCACAAACGUAUACACCUCCAUUUGCGACGUAGCGGAGGAAGCAGCAUAUUCAACACUAGCAUGACGCCAAGCAUGAGCAUCUUAGUCCAGACCCAAGAACAGCGGAAUGUCACUUCGAUGUCGACGGUGAGGUCCAUAUCAAGCGGUGGGACAGAUUCUUGGGAGACCUAUGAAUGGACAACGGCUAGUGGAAGUGCAACGUGAAGAUGGCAGAGGACGGCAAGUAGGUAGAGAGCGAUGGUUAGAACAUCAGCAGAGGCACGCACACACUUACAUUGGACAGAACUUCAUGCAUCAUUUCAUACUUACAUAUAUUACAGCACGCAUUUCGUGUCUAGUACCCAAAACCUCGUCCUCCGGCGUUCUCGCCCGUAGCUACUGCAAGAUGCGAUUUCAACGCGUCGGUCAUGGCUCCUACGUCCGACGACACGUUGAUCUAUGCGACAAAUUACCAUC